AUGAGCAGUGAAAAAAGUGUAACCAUAUCCAAAACAAUUCUAUUUAGCCAGGCAUUGAGUAGCUACUGUAGUAAACUAAAAUCAGAAUAUCAAACACUCCCUGAAAUUAAAAAUUUCAUAACAAAAUUAUCUGAACAAGUUGACAAUAGAUUUAAACAUACAAAAAAACACAUUUUGUUAGCAGAGGCGACCUUUUUGGAUCCUCGAUUUAAAAAAUAUGGCUUUAAAAACAACUUUGCUUUCCAAGAUGUAAAACGAUCAAUUAUAAACAAAGGCAAAUUAAUUUUAAGCCAACAACAGCAAAAUAAUGCAUUACCUUUACCAGCUUUGUCAGAACCGAUAAACGUUGAAAUGAACCAGAAAAUAGAUUCUAUUUGGAACGAAUUUGACACAGAAGUAAGCGAUAUAAUUCAGUCUCGAGAUCCUAACGCUGUAAUCAUAAAUAAAGUUGAUAAAUAUCUCCAGGAGCCACUGAUUCCAAAAACUGCAGAUCCGCUUAAGUGGUGGAACGAAAAUAAAAACAUUUAUUCGACAUUAUUUAUAAUAAUGAAACGGCGCUUAGGUGUUCAAGCUUCAUCAGUCCCGAGUGAGCGUGUAUUUUCAAAGGGUGCUUAG